CAUCUAUUCCUAAAUCGCUUUUUUUAUUUUCAAUUGCGUUGCGUCCUUUUUCAAUUAGGGUUUGUCCAACCAAAAUAAGAGACCACCUCUCACGAACCCCACUCUCCACCCAAGCGCGUGUGAUCCACAUCGAUGCCAUCCGCCGCGCUGGGCCCCACGACGACGUGACACCAUCAGGAGAAAUCCCCUCGAAGCGCGUCGGAUCCAAAAGUUGGCGCUAGGGUUUAUUAUCUAUUUCCUUUAAUUAAUUUUUUUUUUCUAAUAAUGGAAUGGUGAUAAGAACCGCACAUCCACGACACGUGCCGGGAGUUGAUUGGACAGUACCUCUCUCUCAUCCUUUCUGUCCCUCGUUUCUCUCUCUAGCAGGGCGUUUAUGACAUGGCAUGGGCGGAAAAAAUAAAUAAAUAAUUAUUUAUAUUUAUAUUCCAUUUAUUUUAAAAUCACGACAGCAAAACCUGCUUUUUGUAAGGGACAAGAGAAAGAAAGAUAAAAAAAAAAGACAACACUCUCUCUCUCUCUCUUCUCCCUGAAGAAUCGAAAACCUCUUCUCCGUCUCUCUCUCUCUUCCUUCUUCCUAGGGUUUCUCGGAAGUUCGCACUCUAAUUCUGCUCAGCCAGCUACGAAUCUCAUCCUCCGGCGGCCGGAGAAGAGUCCGUCGGAGGAUUCUCUAUCCGGCAGUACCGGUUUCCCAGCUCGCCGCGGAGAAUCGCUAUGUAAAGUUCCUUCCUUUCUUAAUUUUUUUUCUUAAAAAAAUUUAAGCUCGAGAAGAUUGGAUAUCUGCUGGGUUUCGAUUUGGCGGGUGGGCGGGUUUUCGGAUUCGGGUUUUCGGGUCGUUCGAUUUGUUAGCAGAGAGUCUCUCCGGCUAGCUAGCUAGCUAGCUAUCGGGGGGUAAAAUAAAAGAUUUUUUUUUUCCAUUUCGUUUAAUCUCAUUUCCACUGUUCAUUUUCGUACGCUGCUUCUAGCUCUUGGGGCCGACGCUUAAGCUUCAAAGUGGGUUUUUUUUGGAGUAGAAUUACGGCGGUUAAUUAUUUCAUGCAGUGUGAAUUUAUUUUUUUGGGUUGGGUCGUGGGAGAGAGCGGAUAUUUCGGUUUAUUACUUUGGGCAGCUCAAACUCGUUUUUGGAGCUGGGGAAACCCUAGUUUUUUUCAUUUCUUUGCUGCGAUUGUGCUAAACAUUGGAUUUUGAUAUGUGGGUUUGCUUUGUGGUUGAGGAAAUUCGAUAGCUUUAUGGGUUGUGGAGGGAAAUCUCAACCCUAAUUAAUGUGUUUUGUGUUUGUGCCUGUUGAAGGCUUACUUACCCUAAUUUCUGCAGCUAAAAGGUCAAAUAUGGGCAGUUACUUGGGUUGUUUGUUAAUUCAUGGGAUUAUUAAUGCAAAUGAGGUGGUUACUGAAGAUCUAGGGUUUGCUGUUGUUGCUUGUUGGUUUCAUGCUGUGUUAGUAUCUCUCAUAGUUUAAAGAUGUUGUCAUUUUAUGUGAGGAAUUGGCUCUUACUUACCCUUAGUGAUUACCUCUUUAAUUCUUUUCUCGUUAUAGAAUAAUGUUAGUGUUAAAGAGUGUAAUGUUGUGUAACUAAUAAAUCUAAUGUGUAUGUUAAUUUGGAAGGAAGGCAUGGUUGCAGCUGUUCAUAAACCCUAGAUUUGUUUGCUGCUUGCUGAUAAAGUUUUGUGCUUUGGUAUUUCAGUGUUGUUAUGGUGGUAAUCUGAUUCUCUCUAUAUGCUUGUGAUGGUGGUUGUCUAGUGAUUGAAGACUUUGUGAUCAUUAUGGAGAGAAGUGAUUGUAAUAUGGAGGAGGAGGAGGAGAAUCACCAAAGUAGCAAAGCUGAUCAUGUCGUUGUGCAGAAGCGGAUGGAGUCUCCCGUUAAGAUUAACUCAAUAUAUAUAGAGCUCAGUGCUCCCAAGGAGGAUAAUAGUACUGCAGAAAAGUGCCACCAUUUUUCUAUCCGUGGUUAUGUAUCUGAAGUCCGAGAGAAAGACAUCAGCAAGUGUUGGCCAUUUGAUUCACCAGUUCAAGCCAAUACUGCAGAUCGUGAGGAUGAUCAUCAUCAAGUGCUUCCUCCUUUAGACGAACGACUAUUUAGAUACUGGUGUUGCGAGUACUGCUCGCAGAAAAUUGGUCCUGUUGAGAACAUACAGCAUUCUGCAGUUCUUCUUAAGCCUUGUAGUUCCGGGAAAAGAACUACCAGUUCUCCUCUACCAACAACAGUAGUUGCUGCUCCAAUGCUAAUGUUGAAGCAGAAACCCUCAGGAUUAGAUGAUGUGGAAGGAUUAAGUAAAGAUGAUCUUUUGAGUACUACUGAUAAGAGUGAGAAUAAGUUAACGAAUGCCCCGGAGACAUCGAUUUCAGGAGAAACUGUUCGGUCAAAGCAUAAUCUGAAUGGAGAUACGGUUUUAUUAACUGAAAUUUGUCCGAGCAAUAUGCGGAUUAAUUUUCGUGCAGAUGACUCUAGCUGUGUAGAUCAUGAGGUGGCAGCUGAUGAUCCCAGUGGGAACCUCGGUUCCAUGGUGAUCAAGGACUCCGUCGAAACUUUUGAAACAGGAAAGGGAAACUCCAGGCAUGAUAAACACACAAGCUUGACAGUUCGUUUAAAAUAUGUGGCUUCUGGUCAUGUUGCUGAUGUAUGCACUAGAGGGAAAGGUGAUAAUGCUAGUGCACAAGAUACCAUGGAAGCAGGCUAUGGCUCAUCUGAAAAUGCUGAGAAGACUGGGGUCAAGAAUGAUCAUGAUCCUCAGGCUUCUCAUCGUGAUCAUUCAAGUGGUCCUCGUCGUAGAAAAACUCGAAAGAUCAGAUUACUGACUGAUUUGUUGUGCGAGAAGGGAGUACAUGAAAGUGCUGAUUCCCCCAAGGCUGCAGAUUCUCUUCCCUCCAUAAAUGUCGUUCCUUAUGCGCCUGCAGAAGUUGAUGAUAAACCUCCUGAUUCCCCGGAUGAUCAAGUGGAAAUUGAAGGAAUUGGUUCUGCCAAAAGGACUUUGAUUCCAUACAAGAAGCGGAAAUUUCCUCGGGAUGAUCAGUGGAGUACCCCUGAGUCGAAUCCUUCUUCCAGUAAGGUGAGCAAACCCAGAAAUUCGAAGAAAGCUGUUGAUCAUAUUCCCAAGAAGAAGAAGGCUUUGACUUCUGACUCCGUCGUAGAUGUGCAAGACAAAAUGGUUAUAGAAAGUAGUAUAAAAGGCAAUUCUAGCAAAGUUAGAGGCACAAAUAGUGCUAUCAUGAGUAAGAAGGUUUCCAACAAAGAGGCUAGUUUCAAUUCUGAAUUAGUUGCAGAUGUGAGAAACAAAGUGGUUCAACAAAGUAGUACAAAAAGCAACUCUAGCAAAUCAAGAGUUGAAAACAGUGGAGUCGUGGGCAAGCACAAAGAUAAAAGUGUUGUAGUUCCUGGUGAUGAGAGUCUGUCCUUGGCGCCACCAUCUCGUGAAAGUUUUCCGACAGUAACUGAGAUUAGUAUCGGAGAUCAUGCUUGUGGUGUGGCGGAUGCCACUGGUCAUGCUGCACCAAAGCCUGUGGAGAAUCUAAAUGCGGGUAGAGAGAUAGAUCUUUUCCCUCUGCGUGCUCAAUAUGUUGAUGGAAAAUCUAGUUCUGUUAAGAAUAAGCAAGGCAAGCCGGGUCUAUUUGGUGAAAAUCUCAGCAUGCUUCGAGAGGGUCUAGUAGUGCGGGGAGCUGAGAGUACUAUGCAAACUAGGCCUGUGCAUGAUCAAGCUAACCAAGAUUUUUCCAGUGAAAGAGGGCUUAAUCUUUCUCUUGACAUUUACACAGCCAGACAUCAACCCGAAAGGACGUAUAAUAGUGUCCAUGACAGGCAGAGCUUUUUGUUCGGCGAACAUAUCAGAAUGACCUCCAACGAUCAGGUCACGAGGAAAGAUGAACAGACACAAUAUGUUGGAAUGUUUUCUUCGAGUCAUGGAUCUCCAAUGCAUCCACCUUUUGGUGGAAUACAAAGUGACGUGAGAAGGAAGCAACCCAUGCAUUCUUUCCUUGGUGCGGCACAUAACUAUAGCUCCCAAGUCGAGAUGGGAGGUUUCCAUAUGCAGAGAAAGGACGUUGGCAGUACAAGCUCAAAUGAGAAGUCCUUUGGAAUUCAGGCGCAUGCUGCUGGCAAAAGAAUGGAUAUUGACCUGAGAGCUGGUAGCGGAUCAUCUGAAGUUCCGGCUUCGGACGACAUCCCUAUGGAAAUUGUUGAACUCAUGGCAAAGAAUCAGUACGAGAGGUGUCUUCCUGAUGCUCAAUCCGACAGCAGCAGGGGUCAUCAGACAUUGGAUUUUGGCAACAGACAUGUCGUGGACACACGCCCGUUUUAUCAGGAGGGUCUCAGAGAAAAACUAUUCGCUCAAAAUGGAAGAAAUGGAAUGAUUCAGUGGAAUGAGAAGUCAAGACCACCCACCAAACAGAAGUCCCUUACUGAUCAACCCCAAUUCUUCAUAAACCAAGCAGAGCAAAGUCGCCCCCCACCCUUGGGCUACGCAGAAUUCCUACAGCGCCAGUAUCCAUCAGGCACACCCCAAAAUUCUGCCUCUUCCACUGGGAGGCAAAUUGGUGGUCAACAUUUGCAAUGGUUACGCAACCUUUCGACCAAGGGGCCUCCAGUUCAGAUUAGUUCCCACCACACAACAGGUUCAUGGAGUGAAGAAGCAAAUCACUCGCGGCGAACUAUGGCACCGAGUCAUAACUUGCCUUUCAUGUUUAAUGACCCCAAGUUGCUGAAUCAGAAUGCUACAAGCUUUCAGAGACAAGGUAGUAACAGCUAUGAUUCUGAAACACCAAGGAGGGGAUCACAUUUGGAGAAUCCACCUGCUCGUAGGAGUAACACCAACAUGAUAGAGCUUAAUCAGAAGCCAGCAGGGAACGCUGACAUAUAUUCAAACGAGACAAUUUCAGCUAUGCAUUUACUCAGCCUCAUGGAUGCAGGACUGGGAUCCAAUGGACAAGUGAAUCAAGAAAGCCCGUCUACCACUCGUGAUGGACAUCAUUCAGAGAUGAGAACUCUUCCAUAUGAUCAUGGCAGUGGAAAAAAAUUCACAAGGGGUUUCCAGCAACAUGGUCCAGCAAAUUCCCAGAGAAUCGGAUCUUCUGCUUCGUUUCAACUCGAUAGUAGAGGUUUCAAGAAGGCUAUCGAUUUCAGCAGCCAAGUUUCUCAAGAAACUAGGAGGAGACAAGAAGACUUGGAUUCACUUGCAGAGAACAGGCGUGGUAGUAUCCCUCAACAUUCCGGGUCUAGUCCAGUUCAUAUUCGAAAGAAGAUUUUUGGGUCUUCAGAUUCUUCUUCUAGGGUUCCCUUCCAAAUGCAAGAAGCACCGAAGUUCUCCUCAUCAAUAGAAUACAGAUUGGAGGCGGGUUCUAAGACUAACACAACUGGUCAUCCUCAGAAACGCACUCUGGAGCUUCAAGAAACGUGCAGAAUAAACCGGAACCCUGCUGAUUUUAGCUACCCAGGGCCUGGAAACCCUUACAUGAUAGGUCCAAAAGAUCUGAAAUUCCUGGAUGCAGAUGGAGGUGAGCAAAAGCAGCAGAAGAAGCUUGCUGCAAUAAGAGGACGUGGGAAACAUCAUCUGAACCCGUAGUCAGGUUCCUGAUAUUUUGAUGCUGGUAAUCACUAUGUGCUCAUCUCUUAAAUGAUUUUCACCAGCUUCUUUGUUUCAUAUUUCUCUCUUUUUAUCUAACAAAAUGUUGCCUGGUUGCAGAAAGUUGAAAGCUUUGCACCUUUUGGCCACCUUUAGCAAAAUAAAGUGCAAGGUACAUGAGAGGAUUUUGCAAGAAGUGCAAUUAAACGAACUGGAACAACGAAGCGCCAUAUAGGUUUUUUGCGCUCUUGAGGGUUCUUUCUAUUAAAGGUAACCAUCAUCCGCUGGGGGGUGGAAGUCUCAAAACAAUUUGUAUAUACCAUCUCCAUCCCCACAAAGCAAAGACAUAGUUUUUGGAGUUUCUCUGAGACCUGAUGAGAUUCUAUUACGACUAUGGUGUGUGUGUGUGUCUGUUGGAGAACUGUAGUACCCUAUGAGGGUUCUGGUUGAAAGAACCUCACUUUCCCUCGCAUCCGUGGAAAAUAUGGCCGCAAUGAUGGUUUUGUGCUCACUCUCUCAAUUCCAACUGAGCAGGAAACAGAGAAGAAGACAAUGUUAUGUUUUGAUGUUGAAGAACAUUUAGAAGCUGACUUUGUUUAUGGAGCCAGCCAUACAGAACACAGCUGUAGAAUUUUGUCUUGUUGUUGUUGUUGUUGAUUACGUAGUUGUAGUAGUAACAGCAGCAAUAGUAUGUGAUUAUUAUGCUGUAAUCACAAAGGGGAAUAAGUUUGGAGGGAGUAGUUUUAGUUUGUAGCUUGCUAGCUGCAGGAAAAGCUUGUUAACUAUUAGAUCAGGCUAAUGAUCUGAAUGAAUGUCUGGUUCAUCACAGUGAACUUUUUUUUGCUAUCACUUUAUUCCCUCUUGCUUGCUUCUUAUUCCACUCCCUUUCCAGCCCCGGGAAAUGAUGCUCCUUCCCUUUUAAUCAUAAGGGUCAGCCAUUGAUCAUUUCAGUUCAGAUCUAAUAGUUCCACUGUUCUUUAUUCUUCUGGCUGAGGUAAUAUGUCAGAUGCACGUUGUAUUGACCUGAUUGCUGAUAUUCAUUUUGCUUGCCAUAAUGAUGGUUGUUGCCUUGUUGGAGAUGGUUGGUGGAGAUCUCGGUGAAGAAGACAGUAGAAUCCCAACUGUAUGAGUAAGAAGGCAAUUAAAUUCGACAGUGCAGAGAUCAUAAAGGAAACCAGCACCACACAAAAUGGUGUUAGGCGGUGGUGCAACUACUCUGUUGAUUAGAGAAGACGAAACCAUUCUUCCUUGUUCUGCAUGCAGUAACAUGCAGCAGCAGAGUACAAGAAACUGCAUGAUGACAAUCAGUUGAGCCAGAAACAAGAAAAGAAAGUUCGAUAAAAGUC